AUGGAGGGUUCUUCGAGUAAAAAUUUAGCCAGCAAUAAUAUUUUUUCUUUUAACCCUAUUUACCACAAAGACCGUAUCGAAGCUUACGAUUUUUUUCCGAAGAAAUCACCGUCUUCUUCAUCUUCAUCUUCUUCUUCCUCAACAUCGUCAUCGACAAAAUCUUCCAUCAAAUUUUCGAAGUUGUUUGCCGAUGAAAACGAAAACGAAGAUUCUGCUGCGGUGGCUCUGCAUAUCGGGCUUCCUGAUUAUUGCUCGACAAAUGAUAGUAUCAAGAAAUUCGAUGCGAAUAAUUCAGCAGAAAAGAGCAGCUGUCCGUACUGGAUACCUACACCUGCACAAAUCCUGGUUGGCUUCACUCAUUUCUCUUGCCACAUUUGCAAGAAAACCUUCAAUCGCUACAAUAAUCUCCAGAUGCACAUGUGGGGACACGGCUCGCAGUUCCGGCGGGGCCCGGAUUCGUUGAAGGGGAGUCAGCCACGUAUCAUGGUCGGAAUACCGUGCUAUUGCUGCGAAGAAGGGUGCAGGAACAACAUAAACCACCCUAGGGCGAAACCGCUGAAGGAUUUCCGGACGCUGCAAACGCAUUACAAGAGGAAACACGGGACGAAGAGAUUCUCUUGCCGGAAGUGCGGCAAGUGUUUGGCCGUGAAAGGCGACUGGCGGACGCACGAGAAGAACUGCGGCAAGCGGUGGCUCUGCGUCUGCGGUUCCGAUUUUAAGCACAAGAGGUCGCUUAAAGACCACGUCGCUUCCUUUGGUUCCGGCCAUGGACCCUCUACCGCUGCUGCCGCCUACUUUUAA